CAUUACCCGCCCUCCCCCCGGCACCAGCCAUGGCUGCACUGGCUAGAAACCGCUAUUAUCAAUGGUAUCUACGUGAGGUGGAAGCGGGUCAGUUGGAGCUCCCUGAAUACGAUGAGAACGAAAAAGGUGAAAUCAUCUUGUAUUACGGCGAGGUGUUCUGUCGUGUGGAGGAUUGUGACAAGGCCAAUAAGCGUUUUUCCGCGACGAAUAACUUGCGAACUCAUUUGGAAAAACACAUAAGUAUCGACGUGGUAAGCGGUGAAAAAGGGGGACGCGCGAGUCAAAAGAUAAUUGACGAAGCGGUUGCUUGGUACAAGGGGUUGUUUGCGGGCGCGGAAAGCACCAUGGAUCUCUCCUCCGCCCGGCCAUCACCCUCCCCCGGCCCCGCCGGCUCGCCCCGUCUCCCCCCCCUUGUUUCCCCCCAUGUCACCCCGAAGACUCGUUCUCCCCUCCCCCUGAAGAAGGACGGUACUCCCCAUCUUUUGAAUAUGCGCCGACGAGCUGAGAGCUUGGGAGGAAGUGUCCCCUGUAGUUCCUGCGAGAGCAAGUUCGACUGUUGCAAAGACAUAAAUAAGUGCGACAAUUUCUUGCUUUUCGAUUGUGGGGCAUUGACCCCGCAGGCGGCGUCUAAGCCCUUCAAGGUGCUUAAGACUGCUUAAGGCAGAAUCAGUUCAGAAUCAGUUCAAUGACUACAGUCAUUCAAUUUGUAUUUGGCUUAAUAAAUUUACAGGCAUCUCUUCUCUAGUGUAAA